CAUUAAUCCAAUUUUUAAGUGACCUUUAUUAAGGGAGUAUAUAAUUUUGGGAUGAAAUUAAGCAAAGACAACUAUUACAACAAAUUUUUAUCCAAUCAUAAUAUAAAUCCUACAUGAAAAAAAAUUGUUAAGUUGACCAAAAUAAUCAUUACUAUUAUUAUUAUUUAAAAAUAAAGAUAAGAAAAACCUAUUUAUAGAUUUGUUAAUAAUAAUAUUUUGCUACCCAAAAUAGCAAAAAAUCAAGCUUUAAAAACAAAGGAAAUUGCAGCCUAUUUUCCAAGACAAAUAUUUUUUUUCUUCUUUUUUUUUUCUUUGAUACAGAGAGAAAAGAAGAAAUUGAAGCCAUGGGACAUAGUUUAGUUUCUUCUUCUUCUCUUGUUCUUGUCCCAAUGGUACUUCUUUUCUCUCUGUUUCAAUCGCCAACCGAAGCAAUUCAAAAGUCUUACAUUGUCUACAUGGGAGCUCAUUCGCAUGGCCCGAACCCUACCUCGAUUGAUUUAGAAACCGCUACAUCGUCCCAUUACGCUAUGCUCAGUACUUACAAGGGGAGCGAGGAAAAGGCGAAAGAAUCGAUGCUUUACUCGUAUAAUACAUACAUUAAUGGCUUUGCAGCUGUACUUGAUGAUGCUGAAGCUACCGAGAUUGCAAAGCAUCCGAAUGUGUUAUCGGUUUUUGAAAACAAGCCAAAGAAAUUGCACACAACUCAUACAUGGGAUUUUCUUGAAUUGGAGAAAAAUGGUGUUGUUUCGAAAAGUUCGUUAUGGAAAAAGGCACGGUUUGGUGAAAAUACAAUCAUCGGAAACCUAGACACCGGUGCUUGGCCAGAAUCAAAAAGCUUUAGUGAUGAUGGAAUUGGACCCAUUCCAUCAAAAUGGAAAGGAGUAUGUCAAGAUGAUAACAAUGAUAAAUUCCGUUGCAACAGGAAGCUUAUAGGUGCAAGAUACUUUAACAAAGGCUACCUUGCAUAUCUCAAGCUUGUCAACGGUACAAUGUCCCCACUACAAAGCAAAACAAUUUCCUCUCCCCGCGACACUUUCGGCCACGGCACCCACACCCUAUCCACCGCCGGAGGCAAUUUUGUCCCCGGGGCAAAUGUUUUCAACAAUGGUAACGGCACAGCCAAGGGCGGGUCUCCCAAGGCACGCGUGGCUGUGUACAAGGUGUGUUGGGAUGGAGACAUGUGCUUUGAUUCCGACAUUCUCGCCGGUUUUGAGGCCGCGAUAGCCGAUGGAGUUGAUGUGCUUUCUGUCUCCCUUGGCGGUGCUGCCGUCGAGUAUUUUCAAGAAGGUAUUGCAAUCGGCUCUUUCCAUGCUGUUAAGCAUGGAAUGACCGUUAUUACCUCGGCCGGUAAUGAUGGACCGAGUGAACAGACUGUCGCUAAUACUGCGCCGUGGUUAAUAACCGUUGGAGCUAGCACAAUUGACCGCGAAUUCACCGCUCCCGUCACUCUUGGAAAUGGAAAGAUACUCAAGGGUCAAAGUCUUUCUUCAAUACCAUUACCAUCUAAAAAUAUGUUUCCAUUACUAACUGGAGCUGAUGCUAAGUUGGCCAAAGCAAAUGCUUCGGAAGCUUUGUUAUGUAAGCCUAACACUCUUGACCCGAAGAAGGCUAAGGGGAAGAUCUUAGUCUGCCUUAGGGGCGACAAUGCUCGAAUCGAAAAGGGUCAACAAGCUGCUCUUGCCGGUGCAAUCGGAAUGAUUUUGGCUAAUACUAUCACAGAUGGAAAUGAUGUCAUUGCUGAUCCUCAUUAUCUUCCAGCUUCUCAUCUCAACUACAAUGAUGCAAAUUUGCUCUUUAGUUACAUCAAAUCUACUAAGUCUCCUUUGGCACACAUUGCUCAAGCAACCACUCUAUUUGAUGUCAAGCAAUCUCCUUCUAUGGCUGGGUUUUCAUCUAGAGGGCCUAGUUUCAUUGAACCUUCUAUUCUUAAGCCUGACAUAACGGCUCCGGGAGUGAACAUCAUUGCUGCAUACUCUGAAGCUACGGCACCGACUGAUGUUGAAACUGAUCGUCGUCGAGUUCCAUUUAAUGUCGAUUCGGGAACUUCCAUGGCAUGCCCUCAUGUUUCUGGUGUUGUUGGCCUUUUGAAAACCCUUUAUCCUAAUUGGAGUGCAGCUGCUAUAAAAUCAGCUAUAAUGACAACUGCUAGAACAAGAGAUGGGACUAAGAAGCCAAUAUUGGACUCAGACAUGAAAAAAGCCACACCUUUUGCCUAUGGUGCCGGCCAUAUCCAUCCUAACCGAGCCAUGAACCCUGGACUUGUCUACGACAUGGAAACUCACGAUUACUUGAACUUCUUAUGCGCUCGUGGCUACAACGCAACGACUAUUAAAUUAUUCGCCCACAAACCAUACAAUUGCCCCAAGUCUUUCAGCUUGGUUAACUUGAACUACCCUUCGAUUUCAAUCCCCAAACUUGGUAAGCGAACCAUGGUUGUUACUAGAAGAGUUAAGAAUGUUGGCGGGCCAGGAAUAUACAAGGCGCUUUUGAGAGCUCCAGCAGGUGUUUCGGUUUAUGUCAAGCCUGCAAUCUUGAAUUUCGACAAAGUUGGUGAGGAGAAGACAUUUGAGAUUGUUUUCAAGGCUAAUGUUGUUGGAAAGCCUAAGACAUACACUUUUGGUGAGUUGAAAUGGUCUGAUGGCAAACACAUUGUGAGGAGUCCUAUUGCAGUGAAAUUCUAAGUUGAUUUAUGUGAAUGAAAAAAAGUAGUUGUGUAGGGAUUGAGCAUAAAAUUCUGUACAAUAAUUUUACACAAAAUCAUUGUGAUUUCAUUGUUGACAGAACCCCAUUAUUCAAUGUUGGAUUUUAAUCAAUAAAAUUGUAAAUUUCAAGGUGAUGAUCAAAUGUGCAUUCUUAUGUAUAUAUUUUAAUAAAACUUUCCUUAAAUUUACUUUUUUUAA